UUGUGGUCAAUCAAUUGUCAACUGUCAAGUCAAGUUUUGUUGUUGUGUUGUUGGUGAUAAUAUUAGAGCAUUAGAGAGAAAUUGAUAUUAUUUGGUAAUUUUAACAGAUAGAUUGCGUUUAACUAAGUUUGGUAAACAUAAUGUAGUACACUAUAUUACAGCUAAUCGAAUAGUAUUGCAUUGAAUACCUACAUAACCUCAAAACGAUGGCAUCAAAAUUACCAAAGCAAACGUUAAGUUUAAAGCAGUUCCUCCUACGCCAAGAAGUCCUCAAACUAUACAGAGACAUCAUUAGGACACUGAGGAAAGUACCAGAUGAAAGUACUCGGUUAGAGUUGAAGGAAUGGGCGAGAACAGAUUUUAGGAACAACAAACAUCAUAGUGAUGAAACUACAAUCAAAUCCAUGUUACACUAUGGAAGAAAAUCUUUAGAUGAUUUAAGAAAAUCACUUGCAUUGAGUGAUAGCUAGCAUUCUUUGUUAACAGAUCUGUGAUGAUAACAGUAACAUAAUCCUAUUUCAAUUAGAAUAAAUUGUACCAAACAGAAAUAAAUUAUUAAAUGUUGCUAUAACCACCAUAUACCACAAAUAUUUAUUUAGAAAAUAAUAAAUAUUUUUAUAAUGUUAUCUUCUUCCUGAAACCAGUCAGUCAGUUUAUUAUCUUCCGAAAAACGUGUUUAAGAGUUACUAUAAUCCCUGUUUCCCUUGAAAGUUCAUGAGUGUCACAAAUUAUAUCUCAGUUAAAAUUGUAUAUUUUGAUAAAUUUAAAUCUACAAACAUUGCUUACUUGUUAAAUUAAAUCU